CAUGCGCAGUUACAAAUCGUCAGAGGCAGCAGCGAUAGCUCAGGUCAGUCAGUCCAGUCAGCAGUCAUCCGCGCAUCUAUCUAUAUUCCCUUUUCUUAAAUUAGCCACUUUAAGCUUCGCGAUACCGCCCCCAAUUUCAGCGUCGGUACGGAGCCGGCAGGCCGGGACAGAGACGGAGAGAGAGGCCUCGGCCAUGGAAGCGCUCGGACCCGGCCCGCCCGCCCCUACCUCUCUGUUUCAGCCUCCGCGGCGUCCCGGCCUCGGCACGGUGGGGAAACCCAUCCGGCUCCUUGCCAACCACUUUCAGGUGCAGAUUCCCAAGAUUGAUGUCUAUCACUAUGAUAUCGACAUCAAGCCUGAGAAACGGCCUCGAAGGGUCAACAGGGAGGUGGUGGACACCAUGGUGCGGCACUUCAAGAUGCAGAUCUUUGGAGACCGACAGCCUGGCUACGACGGGAAGAGGAACAUGUACACAGCACAUCCACUGCCAAUAGGGAGAGACAGGGUGGAUCUGGAGGUGACCCUGCCUGGCGAGGGGAAGGAUCAGACGUUCAAGGUGUCCUUGCAGUGGGUGUCCGUAGUCAGUCUUCAGAUGCUGCUGGAAGCCCUGUCAGGCCACCUUAACGAGGUCCCUGAAGACUCUGUUCAGGCUCUGGAUGUCAUCACACGGCAUCUGCCUUCCAUGAGGUACACUCCAGUGGGGCGUUCGUUCUUCUCCCCUCCGGAGGGCUACUACCAUCCUCUUGGUGGAGGCAGGGAGGUGUGGUUUGGUUUCCAUCAGUCUGUCCGUCCUGCCAUGUGGAACAUGAUGCUCAACAUUGAUGUGUCAGCCACUGCUUUCUACCGUGCGCAGCCUGUGAUAGAGUUCAUGUGCGAGGUGCUCGAUAUACAAAACAUCAAUGAACAGACCAAACCACUGACAGACUCGCAGCGCGUCAAGUUCACCAAGGAGAUAAGAGGCUUGAAAGUUGAGGUCACACACUGUGGUCAGAUGAAGAGGAAGUAUCGUGUGUGCAAUGUCACGCGCCGACCUGCCAGCCACCAGACGUUCCCCUUACAGCUCGAGAACGGCCAAGCCAUGGAGUGCACAGUAGCUCAGUAUUUCAAGCAGAAGUACAAUCUGCAGCUCAAGUAUCCACAUCUACCCUGUCUGCAAGUAGGGCAGGAACAGAAGCACACCUAUCUUCCCCUGGAGGUCUGUAACAUCGUAGCAGGCCAGCGCUGUAUCAAGAAACUGACAGACAACCAGACGUCCACCAUGAUUAAAGCUACGGCUCGCUCAGCCCCCGACAGACAGGAAGAGAUCAGCAGAUUGGUCAAAAGCAACAGCAUGGUCGGGGGCCCAGACCCUUACCUGAAGGAAUUUGGCAUUGUGGUACACAAUGACAUGACAGAGGUGACAGGGCGUGUUCUCCCAGCGCCCAUGCUGCAGUAUGGGGGCCGGAAUAAAACCGUGGCCACACCCAACCAGGGCGUGUGGGACAUGAGGGGGAAACAGUUCUACGCCGGCAUCGAAAUCAAGGUCUGGGCUGUGGCCUGCUUCGCUCCACAGAAACAGUGUCGGGAAGACCUGCUCAAGAGUUUCACUGACCAGCUGCGAAAGAUCUCAAAGGAUGCUGGGAUGCCCAUUCAAGGCCAGCCAUGUUUCUGUAAAUACGCCCAAGGAGCUGACAGCGUGGAGCCCAUGUUCAAACACCUCAAAAUGUCUUAUGUAGGUCUGCAGCUGAUUGUGGUCAUUCUGCCUGGAAAAACACCCGUAUAUGCUGAGGUAAAGCGGGUGGGAGACACCCUCCUCGGCAUGGCCACCCAGUGUGUCCAGGUGAAGAACGUGGUGAAGACGUCCCCUCAGACCCUCUCCAACCUCUGCCUCAAGAUCAACGCCAAGCUGGGCGGCAUCAACAACGUCCUGGUGCCUCAUCAGAGGCCCUCUGUGUUCCAGCAGCCGGUCAUCUUCUUAGGUGCUGAUGUGACACAUCCACCAGCAGGUGAUGGGAAGAAGCCGUCCAUUGCGGCUGUGGUGGGCAGCAUGGACGGCCACCCCAGCAGAUACUGCGCGACAGUGCGAGUCCAGACGUCCAGACAAGAUAUGUCCCAGGAGCAGCUUUUCAGUCAGGAGGUAAUCCAAGAUCUGACCAACAUGGUGCGGGAGCUACUCAUCCAGUUCUACAAGUCCACACGCUUCAAGCCAACACGCAUCAUCUAUUACCGUGGUGGCGUGUCUGAGGGACAGAUGAAACAGGUGGCGUGGCCGGAGCUGAUCGCCAUCCGCAAAGCAUGCAUCAGCCUGGAGGAGGAUUAUAGGCCGGGCAUUACCUACAUUGUGGUCCAGAAGCGUCACCACACUCGUCUCUUCUGCUCUGACAAAGCUGAGAGGGUUGGGAAGAGUGGUAAUGUCCCAGCUGGCACCACAGUGGACAGUACCAUCACACACCCGUCCGAGUUCGACUUCUACCUGUGCAGCCAUGCUGGGAUUCAGGGAACCAGCCGUCCCUCCCACUACCACGUCCUGUGGGAUGACAACUGUUUCACAGCUGAUGAACUGCAGCUCCUCACCUACCAGCUGUGCCACACCUACGUCCGCUGCACUCGCUCUGUCUCCAUCCCAGCACCAGCCUACUACGCCAGGCUGGUGGCUUUCCGUGCCCGCUACCACCUGGUGGACAAAGACCAUGACAGUGCUGAAGGCAGCCACGUUUCAGGCCAGAGUAACGGCCGGGACCCCCAGGCUUUGGCCAAGGCUGUUCAGAUCCACUAUGAUACCCAGCACACCAUGUACUUCGCCUGAGCUCGAGCACGUCAGCCAGUCCACCCGUGGAUUCCCUUUUUUUUCUGUCUCUUUAUCUCUUAUUUGCCAGUCUCUCUCUCUUCUUCUCCCAUAUCUCUCUCCUUGUAGUCUGUCUCUUUCUCUUCAUAACUCACUCUACAUUUUCUGAAUCUGCACCAAAGCAGCUCUUGGACAGGAGAAUCUGUUGUGUCUUCAUGUCCAGCAGUUUCUGUUUCAUGGAACAGUCUCCAACCAGCGUUCCCAAUUGAGCUGCCUUUCUAACCAGCAAUCCAGCACUGCGAACCCUGAGGGGGUUCCCAGUACACAAAAGAAAAAAGAAAAAAAAAACACGAAAAAACAAAAACAAACCAUACACAUACAUACUACAAGUUGAGCCAUUAUUUUUAGUUUGUUUUUGUUUUUUCUAUUUGAAUGUCUGCACUCUUGUGUUUGUAAGAUACACUGAGCAAGGGAGUGGACUGGCACAGCCUGUGCCAGCACAGCUCUUUAGCUCUCCCAGCUAAGCAGGACUCUUAUCUACUUUUACCUCAAAGCCCCUAUGGGCAAAAUCUGUCACAAGGUCUUGGGUUUAUUGGGUGGUGGGGAGGGAACUCUACAUGAAAAGAGAUGGAGGGGAGCUGACCUUUUGAGAAUGAUAUAUAUAUUUUUUCCUUUUUAUGAGCGUGUGUUUUAACUUUUUCUCCUUUACGGUCUUUUACAAGCGAGGUGACCUGGGUGUUCAUGCCCAUUAUUACUUUCCUCCCAUCUUAGCAAAGAAUAAGCAAGUCUGUAUGUGUGUGAGAGUGUGUGUGUGUGUGUGUGUGUGUGCGUGUGUGCGUGUGUGCGUGCGUGCGUGCGUGCGCAUCUCUGUAUAUACAUGUACUGCUGUAUGACAGUGUGUUUAUGUGUGCAUGUGUUUCAUGGCAGGCCACUGAAUUGUAAAGGGAAAUCAAGGAGAUAACUGCUGUAAAUGCCUCAGAUUUGUUGUUUUUAUAUUCACACAUACAGUACAAAUAAGCAUAUAUUUACAUCUAUAGAGCAACUUUGAGACAUAUGACUUAAACAGGCCUCAUAGAGGCUGGUGUGGGUAUUUGUAGCAGUCCUGGGUCACUUAUUAAUUGAAAUGCUUUGAGUUACGUUCUGAACGUCCAUGUAUUAGCCUGUAAGAUUGGUGGGAUUUGCGCCUUUGGGAGCCAGCUGCUCCUUUGUGCCUCAAAACAUCACUGAAUCCCAGAAAAGAUGAGUGACUUAAUCCAUUUCAAGUAGUAAGUGAAGUCAGGUCUGAUGUGUAGCAGUAGUAACCGUGGUCUGGCCUGUGACUGGCUCAGCAUUGGGACCUGUUGAAUGGCUGAAGGCAUUAGACACAGAGUAUGGUCUUAUCAGCCUUGCUUUCUGUGUACAAAAAGCGGGAUCUUAUUUUUCUUUGGACCUGAUUAUCUGAAAGAUUAUAUGAUGACACUGCUGGACGUUGCUUUUCUUUUCUUUUUUUAAAAAAAAGUAGUCUCAAGGGCCGGAAACCAACGUAGUUUUUUUUUUUGAGGUCUCCUUUGCUAAUACUGGCCAACUCAUUGCACUGACCCGGGACGCUAGGCAAGCAACAGAGGGCACUCUCAAUCUCUCUUACUUUUAUGCAUUUAUACAUAUGAAUCAACAAAGCAGAUUUGUAAAAGUUUAAUAUAAGAUGUUUUGUGGUUAUCUUAAAAAAACUGUUGUUUAGAAUUAGUAGUUUACCAUUGAUGUUGUUGUUGUUAUCGUUGUUGUCAAUGUUGUUACUAUUGUGAUGAAAUUUUACGGAUGGCAGCAAAGCCAGUUAUAUAGUUAUUAGUGCGACUUCAGGAAUAGACUUCGGUUGUUGAGCUGCAGGUUAAGGAGUAGAGCUUUGGGUUGGAAAUUUUUUUGUAGCAUUCUGGCUAAUGGUGAGAAGAAGUAGGUCCCAGGAUGGAUGAAUUCAUGCUUCCUCUGUAGGUUCUGAUGUGAGUAAAGAUUAGUGGCAGAUUUAAGGUAAUGUGUAGCACUCCAACUGGUUAAACAGAUCUGCCGCGGUGGAUAUCACUCAGCUGAUAUUGGUUGGUUUUGAUCAGACAGAUGGAGACAAUCAGGGAUUGAAAUCAGAGUGAACCUAGAUUAAGGGAUUUGUUAAAGCAGUUUGCGAUAGGCAAUGAGUUGAAUUUUUAGACUUUUUAAAAAUGGUUUCUAUUACUCUGUGUGUAUUUGAAGUAUACCCAUCUUAAAGUCUCUACUAUUUAACAGUGUUUGUUUCCUAUUUUUAUGCAUUUUUAACACUGGAUUAAAUGAAUUGACAAUAAGCAUAAGCACUGCCCUUGGACCCCCUGUACAAACACUCAGCAAACUGUUACCAUAGGAAAGAAUGGUGGUGUGAUGUGGUGACAGUUGCACAAGUGGUGCCCCCUGGUGUUGCGAUUGGAUAAAGAUGUUAGGACAGAGGGUUUGGAGAAACAGUCGGCGUGCACGCCUCAUCAGGGGGGGACAGCUCAGUGAAAACCCUUUUGUAAUAAACCACCCGUAAAGCAUCAGGUUUACUAUGAAUGAGUUUGAGCACCUGCCUGUUGAAGGCGUGGGCGUUGGCAUCGGCCAAGAGCAGAGAAGCAGUAAAUGAAGAGGGGUAGUGGUGGGGGGGAUUGGGAGGGUGUUGUCCAGGCAUUGCAUGCAAUAAGUCUAACUCUUUGUUAAAAGGGGGCAGAUCCGUUUUUAAAACAUGCACUAGUUUUACCAAGCCAAGUGGGCUGUGAUUGAAUAUUCAUCUGGCAUCUCUAAUAGGGAAUGAUUUGAUGUUUUAAAUGCUAAUAUUUGAUCAUUAAACUCCAGUCAGAUAAAUGAUCACUCCCUGUUUGUAACAUGACAUUGCAAAGCAAUAUUAACCCAGUUCUAGUUUUCAAAUGUGGAAAAACAAAGCUAUAAUUCUACUCAUUGUGGUUGUUGGUCUACUCUCGCUAUUGUGUCUCUGUACUUUUUAUUUUUUAAUUUUUUGUUUAUUUUAUUUGCUUGUAUCAAUCAGUGGGAAUGUGCAUUUGGUGGAAUAGUUAUGUAGGCUUUAGACAAUUUUCUUUCAAGUAACAAAAUUUAGACUUUGCUCGCCUGCAUGCCAGAGUAUUGUCCUUUUUAAGAAAAAAAAAGAAAAAAAUCUUUUUGGAAUCAUAUUUAUUAUGAGAAAGAAAAAAAUACAAAUGCUUUUUUUUCUGGGGGUAAAUGUUUAUCAACUUAGUGGGACUCUUUUAGGCUAGCAAUAUCUGUCCAGUCUCUCUAAGAUGUAGUUUAAAGAUUCCUACACAAAUGUCAGUAAUUUGGGAGGUACAAGCUGUUUUUUUUUUUUGUUUGUUUUUUUGAGGCGAGGGGAGGACGGCUCUUUGCGUCGUGUUCAAAUUCAAACGAGGUACUUUCUUCAAACGUGGACCCGUUAAAGACCGAACCCCCCCUCUCCUCUUUGCCAGGUUAACUGUAGCGAGCAUCCAUUUUGUCUCCUCGUUCCUGGUUUGUACCUGUGGCCACACCUUUUUAAUGAGGGAGGCUUUCCUGUCUCCAUGGCAACUCUGCCCACCCUUCACAAAUGCACUUCCUCUUUGUGAAGGGGGUCCCCAUGGCAUCGACGGAGCAGGAUUACCUCUUUUUAACCUUUUUAAAAAAGAUCCACAAUUCUUUCGGUGCCCCAAUAGAAAGAGAGCAUGAAUUAUUUUUUAAAUUCCUCUCACUUUGAUAUAUUGUUAUAUCUUAACGGAUUUGUAAUUUGACAUUGUGUAUUGUGUAUUUUAAUUUUAUUUUAUUUUCCCUUUUUGGUUCCUUUUUUGGGGUUUGUUAUAGCUCUGCUCUGUUUCUUUUUUUUCUGAUAGUGGUCUCUGAAGCUGUGUGUGAUUGUCUAAUAGCAAUAGAACCAUAGAAUUGGAACAUUCCAAUUCCUUGAAUGGAACGUUCUGAUCCUGUGAAUGAAUGGAGCCCUUUCUGACCAGUCGCGAGAGGGUGGGGCAUCUUCUUGCCCCGCCCCCUCCAGCGUAGGGCCAAUCACUCGCUGCUAUUGCUAUUAUGUGACAUGUUCAAAUACAUUUUUUUUAGCCUGCAGGGAAUUCUUGUGUUAAUGUGCAAAGUAAUAAAUUGGUAUUUUAUGCCUAUAA